AUGAAUCUGUCUACGUUCCUGUCAGUGACUGGGCUUUGCCUGUUGCUCAGCUGGUGUGAUGGCUCAGAAAGCCCUGGUCGACCUUUCAUCCUAGAAGCUGUUGAGGAGGCAAAAAAGGUUGUGAAUGAGGCCUACAAGUAUUCACGUGAAGAGAGUCUGAGCAGAGUGCGCAGAGAGGAAGUCAGCACCUCGGAUAUUUUGCGACUGAUGAAGCAGCCAGCACGGGAUACCCGCAACGCAGUGCGGGCCGCCGACACCAUGGACAUCGCCCUCGAGCUCAUCCACCAGAAGGCCCGUCACAUCCACAAGAGAUCGAUCAAUGACACAGACCUGAUCACAGCGGACGAACGGCAGCUCAUUGAGCGUCUCACAGGCUGUGCUAGCCGUGUCCUACCCCCAUCCUGCAGAACAACACCGUUAAUCAACAAGUACCGCACCGCCACCAAUGUCUGCAACAACAAGAAAAACCCAAGACUUGGAGCUUCAAACACACCUUUUGCCAGAUGGCUGCCGGCCGAGUAUGAAGAUGGCAUUUCUCAACCAAAAGGCUGGGGCCGGAAUAGGAAGUACAACAAUUUCCUGCUCCCUCUGGUGAGAGAGGUGUCCAACCGUAUUUUUAGCACCACUGACAAUAGUGUUGUGAGUGACCUGGAGUUAUCCUACCUGGUGAUGGUCUUCGGUCAGGGUAUCGACCACGACCUGACAUUCACGCCGACCUCCCCCAGCAUACGCUCCUUCAGCAGUGGCCUGAACUGUGCCGCCAGCUGCGAGCAGUCCAAUCCCUGUUUCCCCAUACCGGCCCCUAAAGGAGAUUCCCGGCUGCCCCAAGACGCCUGCAUCCCAGUGUUCCGCUCAGCUCCAGCAUGCGGCUCCGGGAACAGCGCCUUCAUGUUUGGUGGGAAGGCCGACGUACGUGAACAGAUCAACUCCAUAACAGCCUUCAUAGACAUGGGCCACGUGUACGGCUCGGAGGACAGUCAGGCACGUGACCUGCGCGACCUCACCAACGACGGAGGCCUACUGCGCGUCAACCAGAGGUUCCGUGACCCCUCGGGCAACCGGGAGCUGCUGCCAUUCUCGAGUGCGGCAAACAGUUGUGCCACGCGCCGGACUAUCACCAAUGACACCACUGCAGAGGAAGUGCCUUGUUUUGUGGCAGGUGAUGUUCGUGUCAAUGAGAACAUUGGCCUGACGUCUCUCCAAACUCUGUUCUUGCGGGAGCACAACCGGCUGGCUCGGGCCCUGCGGCAGCUCAACCCCCACUGGAGCAGCGAGACCCUCUACCAGGAGGCCCGCAAGAUCCUGGGUGGUUACUAUCAGGUCAUUGUGUACCGUGACUACCUGUUGCGCAUCAUUGGCCCAGAGGUGCACAAAAAAUACCUGGGCACUUACUCGGGCUACAACGACAGUGUGGACCCCAGUAUCUCCAACGUGUUUGCCACUGCUGCCUACCGCUUUGCCCACAACACCGUCCAGCCGCUGAUGUUUCGUCUGGAUGAGAACUACAAUGAUCACCCCCAGUUUCCCAGCGUACCCCUCGCCAAAGCUUUCUCUACCCCAUGGAGGCUGGUCUUUGAAGGUGGCAUUGACCCUCUGAUCCGGGGCCUGGUGGGGCGACCGUCUAAGCUGAACGCCCAGGACCACAUGAUGGUGGACGCCCUUCGGGAGAAGCUCUUCAAGUUUACAAAUCGCCUGGCGUUGGACCUUGCUGCCAUUAACCUCCAGCGAGGCAGAGAUCAUGCUUUACCUGGGUAUAACGCAUGGCGCCGGUUCUGUGGUCUCUCUAUGCCCAAGACACUGCCACAACUGGCUCAGGUCUUAGGGAACGAGAUCCUGGCCCGUGAGCUCCUGAAGCUGUACGGAUCCCCUGACAACAUUGACGUUUGGCUUGGCGGUGUGGCGGAGCCUUUUGUCCCUGGUGGUCGCGUGGGACCCCUUUUUGCCUGUCUCAUCGCCACCCAGUUCCAGAAGAUCCGUGAUGGGGACAGGCUGUGGUGGGAGAAUCAUGGGGUGUUCACAAGGGCACAGAAGACGUCGUUGGCCUCGGUCUCUAUGGCCCGCAUCAUCUGUGACAACACUGGCAUCAGAGACGUUCCCUUCAAUCCCUUCCUCUUCACAGCCCGCGGCUCUGGUUACAAUAGAUGUGAUGACCUCCCUCCAUUCGAUCUCCGUCCAUGGCUAGAGAAAGGCAAUGUUCAGAAUCAAAUUGUCAACGAUGGAAAUGAGAUCCGGACACCAAGCCUAUCCCAGGACCUGCUGAGAAACGAGGUCCCGCUGGGCCCCAGGGACUAAGGGGUCCCCCCCGGAGACCCCCGGAGACCCCCUGGUCCCCCCACACCCCCUAGCGGCAGCAGCCAACAACCUCGCUCAGUUUUCUCCGUCAGCCUUGGGAGACCUAUCCCCUUCACCAGCAGAGUCCUCCGCUUAAAGCCUACCUUACACUGACAAGCCAGCCGAGGGGGGUCUGGACUUAACCCCGAGAGUUUCUUUACUGGACACAUCCUCUUCACAGUCUAAGGGCAAGAGAGGACAGCACUUACUUUCACUGUUAUAUUCUGCAUAGGCACGUAAAUACAGAAACAUCUCUGGCGCAUUCCAUAAAACUGUAUCAAACAAUCUUAUUACAGUUUUUCAAACUUGAUAUUCUGAGAUGGCACUGAUCUUGCAUUCACACUUUAUAUACUGCAGCAAACAUGGCU